UUUGUUCAGCGGAUGACGGAGAUGUCUUGUUGGCAUGGUCAGCCAAGCGGCUGCAACCGGCCAUGCCGGCAGCUGGCAGUCAUGGCUGUGGCAGCGCUUCUUAUCAGCCACGAGGCUUUUGUUCAGCAGAUGCCCCGUGACUGGCGAGGCACCCGAGUUAUCAGACGAGCUGGCAGCGAUCCAGAAGAGUAUGAGAGUGUCUUCUGGUCCUCCGAGAAGUGGUUCUGGGAGGUGAAGGUUCGAGACCGUGAAAGCGAGCGGCUCAUCUUCGUGGGCGACUACGAGUUGGCGGAGCAGGCUGCCAAAGCUGCGGACUGCGCGCAGCUGGCCUUGGAUCAAAUGUAUCCGCCGGCAGAUGGGCAACGAUGUUGGAGCAGAAACUUGCCCAAGGAGACCAUCUAUGAAGACGAGGUGGACACCGCUGCUGCCAUACUUCAGGGCAAGCGGCCUCCUGCAAAACCGGAAGAGUGA